AUGGCUCCUAAAGAUUCGAGUUAUAUUGAGUGGGCUCAUAAAACUGCAGCAGAGAAGAAAACACAUGUUAGUUUCCCGCAAUUAAAGUAUCCCUCGCUUAGAGAUGGAGGGUUGAGGGACCCCGUACAAUGGUUGGAAGGAAAAGCAAUGGAUGAUGGUGCAGAAGGUUUAUGGAGAAUACGGAACUCUCUUUAUGAUUUCUCCGAAUUCUUAGAAAAACAUCCUGGCGGUGCUGAGUGGUUGGAGCUUGCUAAAGGAACUGACAUUACAGAAGCAUUCGAGUGCCAUCAUUUAAAUCCUGUGGUGGAAAAAGUUAAAGACAAAUACUAUGUUAGAGAUGCUAAAACUCCAAGAAACUCUCCAUUUACAUUUGAAGAAGAUGGUUUUUAUAGCACUUUAAAACGGUCUGUAGCUGAAGAGCUAAAGAAAAUUCCAGCGUCUGAGAGAAAACGAUCCAGUUUGAUCAUUGAUGGCCUUUUUGGGACGUUACUAAUAUCAUCGGCUUUAUCUUGCUGGGCCACAAAUUACUGGGUUGUCAUGGUCUCUUAUUUAGUAGCAUCUCUCGCUCUAGCGUGGACUACGGUCGCGGCCCAUAAUUACAUUCACAUGAAGACUAACUGGAGGAUGUAUCUUUUUAAUUUAAGCCUAUGGUCCUACAGGGACUUCAGAGUUUCACAUGCACUCUCUCAUCAUGUUUACCCGAAUACCUUGAUUGAUUUGGAGAUCAGUGGCUUCGAGCCCAUUGUGACUUGGAUUCCUAGGAAAAAACCUGCGUUUGCAAAGUUCACUCUACUGAUAGAAACUGUUGUGUUUCCAUUUUUGUUCAUACUAAACUUUAUAAAGAGGUUUAUCAGCAAUUUCAUCCGUAAGGGUUUCUUCACCCGCCACUAUAGGUGGCAUGACGUCAUCGGUCUCCUUCUUCCAGUAUGGAUGUACCUCGCAAGUGGCUGCACUUUCUACCAUGCCUUCAUUACCUGGUUAUGGAUUAACUGCACUGGAAGCUUCAUCUUCUUUACCAUUGGAUCUAACGCUGCUCAUCAUCAUCCAAAUAUUUUCAAAGAUGGCGAUCAGUUGAAAGAAAAGACUAUAGACUGGGGCAUGCACGAGCUUGAAGCUGUUAUGGACCGCAACGACAUUAACGAUAAUUUCUUCAAAGUGAUGACGUUCUUUGGAGACCAUGCAUUGCAUCACCUAUUUCCAACAUUAGAUCAUGCUCUCUUAAGGCACUUGUACCCUGUGUUCUUAAAACAUUGCGAACAAUUUAGGGCUAACUACAGAUUAACGUCACAAUACGAUUUCUUUAUUUCUCAACUUAGAAUGGCGGUGAAAGAAGAUCCAAACGUUUUGGACGAAUCGUCCUAA